AUGAGUUCGUCGCACGCCCCAACUAGUCCACCCGCCGAGGAUGACCCAGCCAGAACCAUUGUAUACGAUCCGAGCGACCCGUUCUGGCGAGAAACCGACGACGAGUAUGAUGACGACAUGGACUUUGUACCUGCAGAAGAGGGCACCGACGAUAACGAUGAAGGUGAAGCUGAUCUGAGCUUUCACGAACGAUUGAGCAAUCUCAGCGGAGUGGAGAUCGCAUUCGAAUACACCGAUGAUAACGACGAUGACGACGACGAUGACGACGAAGAUGAAGAGAACGGAGAGGACGACGAAGAUGGAGACGAGAACGAGGAAGAGAACGACGAUGCAGAGGAAGACGAGAUGGACAACCCCCGCCAGCCAAUUAUGAUUACGCGCGAGCAGAUAAUGCAGUUGCUUGGACACGCUGGAUUGGGCCGCAUAUUCGCCACCGAUUUCAUUCCACGAUCCGCGCUCCGGCGACGCAGACUCGAUGAGGACGACGAAGACGAGGACGAAGACGAUGGCUACGACCCUCUCGGUUCGACGAGGACCUCUGGAAGGAGGCGACGACCACGAGGCAUAGAUUUGUUUGAAAAGGUGCCUAGCGAGCAGGGUCAGGAAUUGAUGCAAGGGGGCAACUUCGGAACAAAUCCUCGAUCGCAAGACACACUUAAGCGAAAAAAGAAGUUAGCUUACAACAUCAUGCGACGAGAGUUAGGUAUUGGUGGUGACGGUCGCCAGAAGAAUUCCACGAGAUUGUUGAGGCAAGAAAUGAUACCAGAAUCAGUGGCCGACACAAUCAUUCACUACAAUGCGCGAUGCUAUUCAGGACAGUUUUCAGACGAUGGCAACUUCUUCUUUUCAUGCGCUCAGGAUUUCAAAAUCUGGUCGAUAAGAUUCUCUGGCGAUGGUCGCGAAAUUGUAGCAGGAACGGGAGACAGUUCUGUUUAUGUAUACGACAUUGAACGUCGUCAGUCAGUGCUACGCAUACCAGGUCAUCAAGAUGAUGUGAAUGCAGUCUGCUUCGGCGACACUCAAUCGCCACAUAUUCUUUACUCUGGCUCCGACGACACAACGCUCAAGGUCUGGGAUCGAAGAAGUAUGGGUGACGGUCGCGAAGCCGGUGUUUUUCUGGGACACACUGAGGGCUUGACAUAUGUCGACAGCAAGGGAGAUGGACGAUACGUGCUUAGUAACGGCAAAGAUCAGACUGCUAAGCUGUGGGAUCUGAGGAAGAUGAUGUCAAAGGAGAAGGCAGACGGCAUUGAUCCCAAUGCAUACACCAACCGCUUCGAGUACCGAUCCAACGCAUACGACUUUGAUGAGUACCGUCCGCAUCCACAUGACUGCUCACUUGUUACGUUCCGCGGGCACAAGGUGUUGAAGACGCUUAUUCGAUGUCACUUUUCGCCUCCUGGUAGCACAGAUUCGCGAUAUGUUUACUCUGGCAGCUACGACGGCUCGGUCUACAUCUGGAACAUGGAUGCGACAAUUGCUGGCAAGGUCGAUGUUCUCAAGGCAACCAGGAACUCACGACCACGCGACCCAGAUCUUCUUGCUGGAAUGUACGAGCACUGGGGUAGAAACGAGGGCAGAUGGCAGACGUGUGUUCGUGACGCGAGUUGGCAUCCCAACGCGCCUAUGAUUGCUGCAACCUCAUGGAACGGCUGGGGUACCUCACAGGGAACUUGCACAGUCCACACUUGGAACGAUGGCCUUGAAGAAGAUGAAGCAGAGCCUAAGAUUGGGAGGCGGGUCAAUGCACAACUGCAGCAUGAUGAACGGCUUUACACGAGUCCUGAAGGCAGGGCGAGACGACACCCCAUGUGGUAUGAAGACAUGAUGAAUGAGGAGUGA